AUGGUUCACCUUUUGAUUGGUAAAUAUUUGAAUGAAGUGACAUUUACAACAGUACUGCUCUGUGUUGUAUCAUUGUACGAGGGAGUGACAUCUGCGGUUGUUCCCGGUGAGAGGUAUUGUGGUCCCGUUAUCCGGGUGUUGGAGAUCAUUGGACAACAGCAGUGUGUCCGGGAAUGUAGACACAGACCCAAGCUAUGUCGGGGAGUCAACUACCGGAAACAGGAACUGUUGUGUGAACUCGUGUCGGCCAUCGACAAAAAGGAAACCAAUCCCGACUAUAUUAGAAUUGAACUCAAUCAGACUGUUAAUUUACCAGAAAUGAACCAGGAAUGUCUGGCGUGCUCCUCAAACGAUCAGUGUGUGACGCUGUCCAGUAAGAAAGCCCAUUGUAUUCGAGGUGGGUUAAAUGUAGAUUUUUUUGCAAAUCUGUUCACAUGA